CCAACACCAUGAGCGAGGUCUUGCGAAGAGCGGCCAUGAUAUAAGUCUUUGGCCUCCAGCCGCCGGCCUGGAAUUUAACCCUCUUUUCUUUCGAUGUAGAAGGUGAGAAGAUCCAAGUGUCGUCCAAGGUUUCCCUUUUUUUUUUUUCUUUUAUCCCUCUUUUCCCUCUCCCUCCUGGGGGCGCCGUCCUCUCUCGUCCCCCGUCCGCCUCCUCCCACUCGCCCUAACAAACGUUGACAUUUUUCCUCCCGUGACGAGCAAGCCGGCCUUGCUUGGAACCAGUCAUUCCUUGACGUCUUGUGUUUGCGAGUGCGCCUCUUCAUCUUGUUGUGUUUAAUAACGACGCGAGCGUCGCCGCCAGUCAGCUGCAGCGACUCGAGUCGAGUGGCUGGCCACGAACCCCCGACUAAUUCGAUAAUUCAACAACUACCGCGCUUGGCUGGACCGCCGCCCUCUUGAGAGAAGGAAGAGAGAGCCAGCCAGGAGCCCACCCCUCUUUGCUCGCGGACGAUCGACCUUGGGGCCACGCACUUACUUGUUGGACCCUGGCCUCGUUUGUCGACCUUGUCUCUCGCCCGUCCCGCUUUUGGCUGCCUGCCCGCCCUCCUGUCCGCCCGCCCCCCUUGGCACCGUGCGGUCUUGAAUAUCUCACACGGAGGUACCUGGGCAACCCCACCCCUCCCCCCCCUGUCUGUCGCUCUCUCUGCCUGCCUUGUCGGCAAGAGCAACACCACCACCUCCUCGGCGCAGGUACUCCGUACAAAUGCCUACCGCGCCCCCCGACCAUCGCAAGAGCUCGAUGCGAGCUCCCGGAAGCGCCGUCAACAUGGCCGCGACGCAGUCUGCAAAGGCCAAGGCGGCCGUCAAGUCCGGCAAUGGAAACGCAAAGGCAAAGACCCAAAUGCACCGCCGGUCGCGCACAGGUUCGUUGCCUCCCACUUACACGCGGCCCGCCCACUUACACGCACUUGCGGUGUGUGCGGACGCAUCUGCGUUCGACGACGGACGGGCUUUCCUUCCGUCUCCAAUGGCCACGAUUCCCGCUGACUUUGGCAUGUUGUGUUUUCUAGGCUGCUUUACUUGCAGAUUAAGACGAAAGAAGUGCGACGAGGGCACCCCCAUGUGCACGGCAUGCAAGCACCUCGGCCUGCAGUGCGAGUACAAGCGUCCCAUGUGGUGGAGCAACAACGAUGCGCGCCGCCGCCACAAGGAGGACAUCAAGAACAUCAUCAAGCGCAAGAAGCUCGCGGAGAAGUCGUCGAACCCCAUCCAGACUUCGGUCUGCACUCCGCCGGGCCUCACACACUCUCUGCCGACCUCGGCCACCUUCACGGACCCCAUGGACCGCACCAGGUCUGCUUCCAUCGACUCGCACUUCUCGGCUGGCUUCAACUUCAACAGCCCGCCCAAUGGCGUCGACUACGGCGUGUACACGACACAAAUCCACUCCGACUUCAUUCUCAAUGGCUACUCGCCAUACGAGAUCGACGUCAAGACGGAGAGACAGAUGUUCGUCAAUGACGUUCCCACACUCAAGGAGUCCCACGUCUCAACUUUUAGUACAUACCACACUCCGCCGCCCCCCGGAACCGUCCUGCCAGCCGGCCCGCUGGAGGGUGCUUGGACCGAACACAUCCACCACGAGAGGAAGGAGUCGCUGUCCGAGGAGGCUCUAAAUGUCAACUUCUUUGACUUUUCCCACGGCCCCCACGACAGCACCGGGCAGAUCCGCAUUGAGCUGGAGGAGCACGACCAGCGCCUAUUGGAGCACUUCAUCCAGUUCGUGCUGCCAACAAUCUUCCCCAUUCUCGAGUCGAACCAACACGGCUCCGUUGGAUCCGACCUGAUCCUUCCCGCGCUUCAGUCCAACAGCGUCUACCUGCACUGCUGCCUCAGCAUCGCGGCCCAGCACCUCAAGACACAUGCCAAUGUCUCGGGCGAUGAAAUUGACAAUGACAUCAUGCGCCACCGCUAUGCCACCAUCUUCUCGCUGUGCGAGGCGCUCAAGCGUGACGAGAACCACCAGCAGAUCCUCGAGGCCACCCUGGGGCUCAUCUUCUUCCAAUGCAUCGUCGGUCGCUUUGACGAUGGCCUGCUGGACAUUGCCUGGCACCAGCACUUUCAAGCUGCAAUUAGCCUCGUCCAGAAGCUGGAGCUGCCUCGUCUGGUCUCGGAUGCCGCCAACGAGAUGAUGCGGACACCAUUCAACAUGACCCUCACUGGGUGGAUUGACAUCCUCGGCGCCACCAUGCAGGGUACUGCCCCCACGUUUGCACACACCUACCGCGAGAAGCAUCUCUCGCCCAACAAUCACCAUCUAGGUCUGCGCGAGCUGAUGGGCUGCGAGGACCGCGUCAUGUAUCUCAUCUCGGAGAUUGCCUGCCUCGAGUCGCUAAAGCGUGACAAUAUGGAUGACUUUGCUCUGUGCCAGCACGUUUCGGCACUUGGGGAGCAGAUCAACCAUCUUGAGGCUGGAGAUACCUGCCCUAAAAACCCUUUCAAUGCCAACGGCAGCCUGUCUCCAAAGCAGCUCUCCAAGAACAUUACCAACGCGUUCCGCCUUGCUGCGCGCAUCUACCUCUGCAGCCUGGUCCCUGGCUUCAGCCCCAGUCAACCCUCUCCAAUGGGCUUGGUUGACAAGUUGACGACCGCGCUCCAGCACAUUCCCUCCGGGCCCGAGGGAUUUGACCGCAGCUUGGUUUGGGUCUAUCUGAUUGGUGGCUCCAUCAGUCUCCCAAACAGCAACUUCCGAGUACUGUUCGAGGAUCGGAUCGCCCAGCUUGGCCAACAGUCUACGUGUGGCUCUUUUGGCCGCAUGGUCACGGUUCUUCGCGAGGUGUGGAUGCGGAACGACACACUCUCGCAGGCCAGCACCCCCGGCUCCUCGGGGUCGGAUGCGGGGCCGCCACACAUCCACUGGCGGGAUGUCAUGCAGAUGAAUGGGUGGGACUUUCUGCUCAUAUAGAGACCUCAGUCGUGCCCUUAGCCUGCUUGGCUCUUCUUCAACAGCUGGUCUUUGAAGGAAGCGAGCGGCCUGUCUCGACCAGAGGUCUCUAUGGAUAGGCUGUCCUCCCUUCUCAUGAUUGCAUAGUGCGACUCGCAUCUGAAGACGAAGCAGGCUCUGUCGUCGUCUCUGAGGAGGCAGGGUGCCUCGUUGCCUUUUUGUUUCAUCUUCGUUUUUUUUUAUAUUUUCUUCCAGGUUUUCCCCAUACCUUUCUCAUGGCAUUGAUCUGCCACAUAUACCCUCUGGUACGGGAUUUCAUAGAGGACGCCGCGAGGCACGCACACCAGGAGUGAGACGACACAAACAGGGAGAGAAGCGACACUUGGGAAGUCUUCUCGACACUUGGACACUUGGGGG